AACCUUGUGGGAAUGGCUGGUGUGUGAUCGGGGGUUGGGCCGCUAGAAGCGAACGCAGAGUUAAAGAGUUUUUAAUGUCCGCCAUGUUGGCCAUGGCGUAUUGAACCAGGGAGAGGGAGCGGAGCUACGGAAAAAAAGAGACCGAGAGAGAGCGACCAAGAUCCGGGCCUUCCCGGCUCCGUUCUUCUCGCCAUACCCAUAUUUUGUAACCAAUCGAACGGUUGACUCCUGGAGAACGCCACAGUUCCAUCAAUGAGAACUAACAUUUGUACAGUUGUGAUUCGUAGGGGAUCGGAUAGAUAUAUGCUGCACCUUUCAUUAUAAAAAAUGAGUAAAUUGUCGUUUCGGGCACGGGCGCUGGACGCUACCAAGCCACUACCCGUCUUCCGCUGCGAGGACUUGCCAGACCUGCACGAAUAUGCCUCAAUUAACCGAGCGGUACCGCAGAUGCCGACGGGGAUGGAAAAGGAGGAGGAAUCGGAACACCAUCUCCAGCGGGCUAUCUCGGCUCAGCAGGUGUAUGGGGAGAAGAGGGACAGCAUGGUGAUCCCCGUGCCCGAGGCGGAGAGCAACAUCCCCUACUACGAGUCGCUCUACCCUGGGGACUUCAAGAUGCCAAAGCAGCUCAUCCACAUCCAGCCCUUCAGCUUGGAUGCGGAGCAGCCGGACUACGAUCUGGACUCGGAGGACGAGGCGUGCAUGCUGCAGCUGCAGAAGCAGAUGGAGAUCGGAGCCAUGCAGUUUGAGGAGAUGAUUGAGCGGCUGGAGAAGGGCAGUGGCCAACAGCUGGUGACUCUGCAGGAGGCCAAGUUGCUGCUGAAGGAGGAUGACGUGCUCAUCCAGGAGGUGUACGAGUACUGGAGCCGCAAGCGGCGUAGCUGCUCCAGCGGCUCGCUCAUCCCCACCGUCAAGCAGGAGAAGCGGGAUGGCUCCAGCACCAACGACCCCUACGUGGCCUUCCGCCGUCGCACGGAGAAGAUGCAGACGCGCAAGAACCGUAAGAACGACGAGGCGUCGUAUGAGAAGAUGCUGAAGCUGAGGAGAGACUUGAGUCGUGCCGUGUCCAUCCUGGAGAUGAUCAAGAGACGCGAACGCAGCAAGAGGGAGCUGCUCAGCCUCACACUGGAGAUAGUCGAGAAGAGGAACGGUACGCCCGACUUUGGUGCGGACGUGAUGGCGGAGGCUCUGGCCCAGCGGGCUCUGGUGAAGCCCGUCUACAGCCUGCCCCUGCUACCCAUCCCCUCCAGCGGCCAGCUACGCCACCACGACCACCUGGAGCUUAAGGACUACCGCAGCAAGCCGGAGAAGACGGAGGUGGUCCGCACUAAGAGGAAAUAUGAGAAGAAGCAGAAGCCUCCAGCCCUCUCCGCCUCCCAGCACAGCGGCCCCGCCAUCUUCAACCCCAAAGACCUCAACCAGUACGACUUCCCCAGCUCCGACGACGAGCCCUACACUCAGAUCCACUCAGGUUCGUCAGAAGCAGAGGAGGAGAACGAUCCAGAUGGAGUGUAUGCCUUCAGGAGGAAGGCUGGCUGCGUAUACCAUGCCGCGCGGUCGGAGAGUGGGAGCUGGCCCUGGACUGUGCCAGAGGAGGGCGGCUCGGCCGACCCACGUUUCCGCUUCUCCCUCACCUCCCUCAACAAGCCCCUGCGCUGCCUGGGCCUGGCACGCCGACGCCUCGGACGAGGGGGCAGGAUUCUGUUGGAUCGGGCUUCCUCGGAUCUGGACAGCGUGUUCCACAGACUGGACUCCAUGUCCGAACCGGACCUCUCCCCCUUGCACUCCGCCAGUACCUCAGAUGCACCCACACACACGGACAUGGACACACACCCCGCGGACCGGCGGGGAGACCCCGCUGCCGCCGAUACAAACACAGACACACACACACACACCACCACCACCACCACCACCUCGUCGUCGCAGUCGCGCUCGCUGGCCCACGAGCUGCGGCAGGUGCUGCUGAACAUCAGGACGAGCCGCUGGAGGCACUUCCGCCCGCGGACGCACACCGCCAGCCAAUCGGCCGCCGCCGCAGCCCGCCGGCCGCUACGCGGGAUUGGCCGAGCAGGAGCCGGCGCUGCCCAGGGCCGCAUCACACCGUUAAUCAUGGUUACAGCAGAGCAGUUCCAGCAGCAUCAGGAGCAUCUGGCCCUCAUGCAGAAAGAGCAGCUGGAGCAGCAAGCCAGCCAGACGGUGACCCCCACACAGAUUGUUCAGAUGCUGGACUCUGCUGGUGCCCAGUUUGCGGCUUCGGCUCUGAUGACGGCCGACCAGCUGCUCACCCUCAAGGUCAAAGAGGAGGGCAGUGGAGGGGGAGGGGUCAACGGAGUCCUGCAGCCCUCAGGUGUGUACAAGGGCUUACUCCUCCCCACCAACGCCUCCAGCCCGUCGACCACAACGGUCUCCUCGUCGAUGACCCCUUCCUCCGCCUCCUCGACCCCCAACAGCAACUCUGCCCACGCCCCCAACGCCCACCUGGCUCUGGGUAACCACGGCAACCCCACAAACUCUGCACCACCCGUGCUGAUUGGCAACAACCUGCGGCUGAGCAUGCCGGCGCCGCCCAUCUCGGGACUGAGCGCGCGACACCUACCCAGAAGCCUCAGCGUCAGCCCCGCCACCCUCAAGCUCAACAACAACUGUCAGAUCCCGAAGGUGGCCACGACAACCAGCAACAUGGACCUGGUGCCCAGGGAGAACCACGAGCAGGAGAAGUCUCUGAACAGCUUGUCGGAGACCACAGUGGCCAUGGAGGUGACGUAGUGAGUCCAGUAAGGGGAGGGGCCUAGACGCCUCUCCGCCUGUCCAUCAACGGGUGCUGUGCACCAAUCACCAACCGGGGAUGCAAAGGGACAGCCCACGGCGGGUCUCCACGGCAACGCCGCGGACUGGACAGCAACAGCUCAUCUCUUCGCCGCUUGUUUUUUUUUUUUUUUAUUUGUGUUUGGAUCACCAAACCUACCCCCCCCCCCCACACCUAUCUUCUGUUUCUUUUUUUAUACAAACUUCACGACUUUGCAGACCUUACAAUAAGAGCAUCCACUGUACAGGAACUGUGUCCGGACUCCCUGUAUAUAAGUUACUUGAAUACAGAACUGUUCAUUUGUGAUGUUUUGCACUUGGGAAUCAACAUUUAAAAAGAAAAAAUGAAAAAGAAAAAAAAGGCAAACCCAGAUGGAGGGGGUGUGUGGGGGCGGGGAGCCCGAGGGCAGGGCAGGGGUGUUGAGAGAUGGGGGUGUUGGAGAGUGAGCUAGAAGCCACCGGCAUGGUGCCAACCCUGCUGUUUUAUUUAUUGUGCGUGUUUACAGUUUUAUUUUUUAUUUUGAUUUUGUUUUUUGUAACCUUUUUUUUUGUAUUCUCUGUUAAGCCCUCACUCCCGUGUGUGUGUGUGUGUGUGUGUGUGUUUGGUGCGUGUGUGUGCGCCUGAUGUACGUACGUGUGUAUCUGAGGGGGAGGUUUCCAUCUCCUGCACUUCGCUCAUCUCGGCACUGCGGUCACCAAACCCUUCUCUCCUCCACUCCCUCUUCCUCUUCCUCUUCCUCAGCUGCUCGACAUUCAGACCACCACACACACUCGUCUCCCCCUCUCUGUCUGUAAACAAGAGGCUAUUUUUCUACUGGUUUUGUUUGUUCAUGUAAUGUUUGGAUGUUUUGUGCUAAAGCAACACACUUCUCCCCCACCCCUCCACCUUGGUUGGGAGUAUGUGUGAGUGUAGGUGGGUUGGGUGGAGGUGGGGGAAUCCUCACAGAUCCUGCAGUCAUCAUUCCAGUCUCACGGCUCCCUUAUUCCCACACACACACGCGCGUGCGCGCACGUAAUCACACUUGCCACCACCCCUAAACAAAGGGCACAUACACACACACACACACACACACACCACACUCCUCUAUUGAAACACCUUACCUCCCCCCACACAGAGAGACCCACACACACACAGACUGCCCCCCACCCCACCCCCACACAGAGAGACACACACACACACUGCCCCCCACCCCACCCCCACACGUUCACACAGGCUCCCCAGGCGCGGGAGCGGCAUCUGGUCUCUUCUGUGAAGAGGUAGGCAGUUGGCACGGCUGCCCAGGCGUAGCCUUAGUGCCGCUGCCUCGAGAGGCCCGCCCCCUCCCCCUCCCCCUCCCCCGACAGACGAGAGAGUUUAUCAAGAGUCUGCAGAGGAAAUUUAAAAAAAAAAAAGAAGAAAAAAUAAAGAACUGAAUGAAAUGAAAUAAAUAAAAAAUGUGAGUACUCACGUGAAUCAGACAAUAAAGCCCAGGUCCAUAUAUGUGAAACACUACAGUGUCUGUGGGUCAUUUGUAUAAGGCAUGCUGAACUGUGUGUGUGUGUGUUAAAUGGUGCGAUGGAUGUGUUUGAGUUAUUGAGUUAUAAUUAAGAGAUCUCGUGUUUGAUGAGUGUAUUAAAUUAUGUGAAUCUGAGUGUAUGAGCUGAAUGAUAAACUUCUCGAGAUGGUUGUGUGUAUGUACACAUGACUGAAAAUCUGUGUGCGUGGAUUUUUGUAUGUACAGGUUCAAAAUUAAGCAGAGCACGUUGUGGUGUAUCAUGCAAAAAUAAAGGUUUAAAACAG